AUGGCCAACAACUACGCCAAGGCCCUCAAGGCCCUGCACGUCCCAUCCAAACCCAUCGUCUUCGCCAACAUCUGGGACAUCCCCUCGCUCAACGCCAUCAGCACCCUCAACACCCCAUCCAGCAAGCUCGUCCAAGGCGUCGCCACCGCAUCCUGGGCCAUUGCCGCCGCCAACGGCGUGCAGGACGAAGAGCUCACCGCCGAGCAAAACCUCGAAGCCAUCAAGCGCAUUGCCCCAUUCGCCGCCAAAGCAGGUCUACCCAUCAGCACCGACCUGCAGGACGGCUAUGGCUCUCGCAUCGCUGACAUCGUCACUCAAGUCGUGAAAGCGGGUGUUGCAGGCGCCAACAUUGAGGAUUCUAUUCCCUCUGCAGGUUUCGGGAAGGGCAUCUCGGGCUCGCUCUACAGCGUGGAGGAGCAGGUUCAGAGGCUCAAGACUGCGCUCAAGGCUGCGGCGGACGCUGGGACACCAGACUUUGUGCUCAAUGCUCGGUGCGACAUAUUUUGCUUGGAAAAUGAUAUUGAUGAUGACACGAGGGUCAAAGAGGCUAUUAAGAGGGGGAAGGCGUAUCUGGAACUGGGUGCCACGACGGUGUUUUACUGGGGAGGUCCUCGCGGUGGCAUGACGAGGCAGCAUUUGGAGACAUUGGUGAAGGAGUUGGAUGGUCGGGUUGCAGUCUUGUUUUCUGCGUAUCCGGGUGUUAAGAGUACGACUGAGUUGGCGGAAUUGGGUGUGGCAAGAGUGAGUAUUGGGCCGGGAUUGUUCAGAGUUGCUAUGGGGGCUGUGAAGGCGGCUGCUGAGAAUAUGUUGACGGGAGGGACUUUGGCUCCGUGA